AAAUAACUAAAACUGAAAAUGUCUCCAAAGUCAACUUCAUUCUUCAGAUUGGAUAUUACGGCCUAAAAGGUUUGAAUUUACUUUGAAUUCGAGACAAUUUGUACUUUACUGAAUAACCCUGUGUCUGUUUGUAUUUGUUUUACAAUUUAACAGAAUCAUUAGGAACAUUAGAAAGAUGAGCUGUAUCUGUUUAUUAAAGGUAAUAUUUGCGCUGUGAUCCUCAGUGCAUUCUAGACACAGUAUGAUGUUAGCAGUGACUGCCAAAUGUCCGAUAAAUUGUUUCCAUAAUCUGUUUUAGAAAGAUAAUUAGCUCUUAUAGAUUGCAUGAUCUAUUUAAUAAUUGUGGGAGAUAAAUGUCAAUUGCUACAGUUUUACGUACUGUUUAUUAUUUUCGAGAUUUUGAUACAUAUAUCUAUAUAUUUUUAUGAACGCUAAGCAUACUGUAUUCUAAAACAAUAUUUAUACAUUGCCGCUUAGCGUAGCCUUAUCAAACAUCAAUUUGUCAAACAAGUUAUUGAAGGGGAUAAUGUGUUAGGUAUAUACCAACAGGGAUGGAGGGAGGGGGGCAAAAGGUAGACCAUCAGUUGUUGAAAAAGCUGGAAAAUCAUCAUGAUAGUUGUAGCUAAACAACAAAUGUCCCGUUGACCACCAUUGGUGUAUACCAGCCUAGUGCAUUUAAGAAAAUGCAUAAAGGAAGUUGUUGGUCAAUAAAUAAGACAGUAGGGAGUAUGGCUAACAAACGAUGAAAAAGUCAUCAUAAUAAGAACUUUAUUGGAAAUUCAAUGAAAUUCCGACACAAUCAAAACAUAUCGUCAGACCAAGUAAGGACCAAUGAAGUAAAAAAAACAAAAAAACUUAAAAAAAGAUCUUCUUCUGUUAAGUUGAGAAAUGAACAUCUUAAGGCAUGUUAAUAUUUGGUCUGUCGAGUACAAACAAGUACAACAGUGAGACAGGCUGGCGGGUGACGUGAACACAAGGGAGAGCUUCAGGUAGGUAUCACUACCUCUAGCCUCAUCUCCUGGCAGCUGGAAACUGAAGAGAAAUGUAUUCUUCGGGGUCUUUGUAAAAUAUGCGGUGAUUUCAUCAGAAUUCCCUUUGAAUUCAGGGCAAUUGACACCUUAGUGAAUAAUGUGGCUGGUGGACUACCAUCACUGCAAAAUGUAGACCAAUAUAGGGACAUUUUUUGUUUUUACCUUGAAGCUGAAGGUCAGUGCAGGACUCACCUAAGAGUUUUUGCCUUGACGUUGCAACUCCAGCUAAUCCAAAGACUGAGGAUACCUACACACAGUAUUAGGUCCUUUCUCUCUUCUUCUCUUCGUUUCAUAUGACCGAAUAUCGGAGAGACAGAUUAAGGAUACCAUUCUCAUCUCCCAUUGAAUAUACCAUAAAGACACCAUCUGGUGUGAACCUAAAGGUUUUCUUCCUGUCAUUGACUAUAUUCCAUUACUCCCUGUGACGCAGCCCCUAUCUAUCUUUGUUCAUUUCUGUUUUUAGUUCAAAGGGUGAGAGGGAUCCCCUUUGUUGUGGUUGCUGCCUACCCAUUGAUAUAUCAACGCUGAUCCAUUUCUUGUGCAAUAUAGGGUAAUAUCUAGAAACUCGGCUGACUCGAUGCCGGUUUAUGCUUCUAUUCCCAUUUCAGUGUGCUGCUCAAUGUAGUAAAAGGGUUAAGGACAAAUUCCAGAAACACUUGGCUGCUGUACUACAUUGUAGCAUGGAGCCAACAGCAAGCCUUGCGGAACGGAUUUGUGUAGCAGAACUGACACUCGUAUACCAAAACAUAAUAAUCGCAUGCACGCCGAGGAGAGCGGAUACUAUUGACCCCUUGGUGCCUUGUUCCUCUAUGCUGCGUAUAUGGAAUGGGUCUGUCCAGACUAUUCAUGUUGGGCGAUAGGAAGACCAUGUGUUUUGUUAACUAAACAGUACGUUGUAGUCAGCUAUUAAGUAAAUAUUUUUUAUGGUAUUUGCCGUCAUCGUAGACAAUUUAGAUCAUGAUAUAUGAGUUGUAAAACAUCUUCCGCACAGUGAAGUUGCGUUUUUUUCCCCCAAAUCAGCUAUUUUGUUGUAUAUUUUCUAAGUUUCUAGUUUUCUUCAACUAUGUGAAUAAUCCACAUGGUAAACUAGAGAUAUUCUAAAACGAAUGGAUGAUAAAGUAUUACAAUAAUAAAAGUUCCAACAAAAGUUCCAAUUUGGUAGGAAUGCCAAGAACUGUUCAUAUAGUAUGUGACCACUCAAGAAAUUGAGGGAUAGAAAAAACAAACAGUACAUUGCAGAGCUUGGUGUCCAAUCCUCAUAGAAAUGUGGUAUUGCAUUAAUAUCACAAGGCCUGGCUAAAACCUUUAAAUCUCAUAUGUUUCAAUUAUCUUUCAACUUUGCCUCUGUUUUCUAAUGGCAAAAACAGCAGGAGGACAAUUGAUCUGGCCACCACCAUAAACAGGAAACAUUUGCUUAGGUAAAUGUAAGCCACCACCAUGAUCUGCUGUUUCUGGUUUUUCAAUGGUGGUAUUCUCAGAUUCAUUGCACGUGUGUGAGUGACUGUGGCGUUCCGUACGUGUGUGUGAAAUUAUAUACGUGCUAAUGCUUACUAGUUCUCUUAUGGGGAAAUAAAGAACUGGAAAAAGUCCAGAAGCAGGCUACACAAGUAAUGGGGGAAUGUUGUUUUGCUUAUUCUAGAAAUUAGUUCACCAUAAAAGGUUGAGAUGAUAUUUUAGUAAAAACAGAAAAAAGGUGUGCUAAAAUUUAAAGUGGAAAAUUCAUUAAGCAGCUUCACACGUGUAAUAUAAAGUGCAAUAUACUGCCUCACUCACAAGUGAUAAAGUGUAUAUAGACAAUCAACAUAUAUGUGUAAAAUAUCUAGAAGUGAUAUAGUGCAUAAUUAAAUUAAAUUGCAACUUACACUAACAGUAUUGCUGAGAUAAGCCACAACUCCAAAUGAGGAACAUAAAAAAGGACAGAAAAUAAAAUUUUAUAUACAAUUUUAAUUGUCAGAAACAAUACCCCCAUGGCGCUACAUGGGGCCAUCACCACUGACUCUGGAUAAAAGGGGGACUAAGUUCCUGGACACACGUUGGGGUGGGGGAAGAUGAAGGGACAUGAUGACAUUUGUUCUGAUAAUUGAAAAACAGCGAGGAGACUCACCGGGAGAGAUGGGAAAGGAAUAACCACAGGCAUUGACUGACCACUAGAGGUCCCAAGUACUGAGCGUGGAAAAUGGAAUCGGGGGGAGAAAAAUGUGAAUUGAGCAUGAGGACAAACGGGGAGGGGGGGACGGGGGAGAGGGGGAGAGGGGGAGUUGGGGCAAUGAGAUUGAGGGGGAAGGAUAAAAAUAAAAAAACAUAGAUAAUCAUAUAAAAAAAGGACAAAAAACAUAGUAUAAUAUUGUAAGGUAAAGGUAACUAACUUUCUGGAGAAAAUAGGAAAUUAACUCACAAACAUAGAGCAUAUAAGGCUGCUCUACCUUUUAAUAGCCCAAAUGCAUAGACUUCCACUGCAGCCAGUAUAAAUAGAUGAACAUUGUUUAUUUCCACAUUUACAAGUCAAAAUACUAUAUAGCAGAUAUCACCGGGUCCCUUGUAGCAACAUUCCUGCCUUAGAACACGUGUAGCCGCCGGCUGUUUGUUCUGUUCGUACACGCUCCAGAUGAGGCUGUUUGCAGUCGGAUAGUUCCGGGAGGUGCAGUGUACGUAGUGACGUCUACCCCUAGUCAGAUGAUGCGUUUCGCCGAAUGAUCGGCUUCUUCAGAUCUGACUUCCUUAGUACAAACAGUCUUUAUAAAUCCACCCAAAGGGCGUGACAUAUUAAAAAAAACUAUUCCUACUGGCUAUACCAAAAACCUAAUUACCAAAUUGACGGGAUACAAAAAAAAACUCAAUAAUUGAAAGUUCUCAGUAAUUCGAAGGUAAUAACUUUAAAUAGCAUGCAUUCUAGAUAUACAGUAUUCACUGUCCAUGGAGCUUUUUCUACCACACUCAAUAGACGCCUUUACAUUUGGCGUGGGUGGGCAUUAUAAUUAAUAGCUUGUGGGUCCAGGGAGGGAUCCAAAUACAAUUUUUGAGUCAAGAAGGAAUGUUUCCUAUUUUGAAGCUAUAUUAAAACAGUUUCAAUGUGGGUAUAAUUUUUACCUUUUUUGACAUCAAUAGCAGCAGUAAGUUAAAUGUUGAACUUGAUGGUCUUUUUUUCAACAUAAAUUAGUGUUAAUAUGCAGGAGACCCUGAACAGCAGGAUUAGCAUAAUCUAUUUCCAAGGGCCAACUAUGCAUAAUAUACAGCAUACGUGACAUUUUCAAUAUAUUAUCACGUAAUUCUGUUUUUUAACUCCUGGGUUAUAAAUCCUUUAUCCUUGUUAUUUUCUGCAUAUACUCACUUUAUACUUCGUUAAAGCCAUUCACAAUUAUUAAUGUAGUCACUAACCCUUUAUGUUUAUACCAGACCCCUUUAUAAAAGUGAGAUCAUCGAGCAUGUUAAUAAAGUAUCUGCAUGCGUAUUUUUAAAUUUGAGUUAAAUUAAUUAUUGUGACAUUUGCCAUAGAUUUUGUUUCUUUGCAUCAUGUAUUGAAGUAAGGAAGUAAUUUCGGGCUUUCAACCCUAUGGGGAGAAGGUUAUGUUUGUUUAAACCUGCAGUCACUCACUUUUUUGCUGAGAAGUGAAUACUAUUUCUAACUUAAAGGUGCAUAUUUUUACAUUUAAGAACUGCACAAUAGCAGAUGUUGCUUUUUGAGAAAUGUCUGUAUGCUUAAGAGAUUCUUAGGCUAAUUAUUACAGGACGACUGGAAACAUUUUUAUAACUGUAUUUUGCAUUCUUUGUAAAAACGUGUGAAUGUGUCAGACUGUUGAUUAUUGGUUAAUGUAACGGAUCACCUGGCACCCCGACUGGGUACCUCCAUUGAUGGAUGCUCCUAGCGCUUCUUGAAGGCUCCAAGCACUCUAGUCGACACCACAACCACCACAGGCAGAACCUCUCUUCCUUCCGAGCGAAGCAGGAACAAGCUCUUAAAAGAGCUUAGGAGUGAUUAUAGCAAGGGAAUAUGCAGAGCAUAGCAAUCCCUUGUAGCAGAUUCCCCCUAAUAAGAGAGAGGACUCCAAAUUGAGGAUGAAGUAGAACUGUCUAAAACUUUAUUUUACUUGGGACUAGCCCAUAUGGUCAUUACAUUAAAAUUGCUGUGAAAACUCAAUAAAAUUACAAACAGUCAAAUCAUAGCAAGCAACAUACAGUGACUUAUUAUAACAUAAUUACAUAUUUAUAAAUGGGUGGGGAAGACCAUAAUUAACACAAAAUGUCUCUCCUGCAUGCAGAAUUAGCGAUAUGCAAAUCUACCCGAAUAUGCAAAUUACCAGUCUUGCUAUUCAGGUAGUGCAUAUUACUGUUGCUACCAACAGAGGGCACUACACAAGCUCCAUAGCCAAAUCCAUCUAGUUGGUAGCAAUCCUCAGCAGUGCAGGAGAGCAGGCAAUACAUCCCAGGGGCCAUAGUCACAUGGCAGGAGGCUGGCAAUCAGUCUUCUCCAAUGCCCAGUGGCGAGGCUGGUUCCGCCACAGUGAACACCAACAAAUUCUGGGGCUUUAGUUUGUACGCUUGUUUGGACACUCUACUCGUAUAUCAUACAUCUAUUGUUAUAAUUUAAUAUUUGUCUCGGUUACCUAUUGUACAGCGCCGCUGAAUAUGUUGGCGCUAUGUAAAUAAUUGUUAUUGUAAUUGUAUUGAUUAUUAACUAAACCAAAGGAAUUGCAUUUAAUGAAACCCUGGAAAAAUAGCUGACAUGGAGAUUUCAUUUUAAAAUCAGUCAUUUUGGUCUGAAAAUGUUUAUAUCCUUUUAUCACUUCUUCACAAAUUCCUGGUUUAGUAAAUAGACACCAAUGUGUUUUACAAACGUGUACAGUUAGGUGUCUUUCCGAUAUUGAUACGUAAGAUAUAAUCUUACCUUAAUAUUUACAUUCAGAACACAAUUUAUUUUGACCAAACAUAACAAGGCGUGAGGAGUAUAAACAGAAGAUAGCUCCGUAAAUCCAAAAUCCAUUUGUAUAGUUUUAUUUGCUAAACGUCAAAUUUUAGUGAGCCUAAAAUUGAAUUGCAAAACACAGGCUAAGUAGCCAAGCUGUAACUAUAGUGGAAUGUGAGAUUUUUCCAAAUCAGUCAUUUUUGCCUAUCUUUUGCAAUUUACUUUUCAAUUCACUGAAAUAUAGUGUUUGAAUAAAACCCAAAUGUGCAGUGGUGAGUAGAGUACCCACUUUUUGGCCUUAACUAUGCAAGUCAUUUCUCAACAUGCCACGAUUCUCUAUUUAGCAAAAACACCUCUCUACUUGAAAUGUACUCGUUAAUGGAUGUUGAAAAUAGCACCACUUUGUCAGUGAACAAAACAAUUAAGUCAAAAUGAAAUGAAAUAGGUAUCAGUCUUUUUUACAGAACAUCUGUAAACUCUAAAGAAUUGUAUGGACGAUUGCAAUAUCAGUUAAAAAGAAUCUUAGAGAUCUAUAGAAAAUAGUGUUACAUUUAUUUUUAAUCAAGAAUAUAUACUACACAGGUUCAAACACCUGUACAAAUUCUACACUCCCAGCACUGUAAAUGUAACAGACGAGGCUGAAUAUAGAAUAUUCAUUUUAGCCUUAUUGGUACGGGUCUGACAUUGGCUCCUUUACAGCUAUUAACGAAAUGUGACUUGUUGGGAACUCAAAGUGAAUUUUAAAUGAAUUCCCCAGAUUAAACAAAAUGUCCAAGUUAACUAUAUUUUCAGUUUAGCUAAUUGGCUAAAAGUUUAAAAUUCACUUUGAAUAUGAUUCAAAUCUCCAAUAAUUCCCAUUUUGCCCAUGUUUACAUAUCAACUAUAAGGUUUGCUUUUUUCUAAUGACUUUUACUCUGUUUUGACUCCUUGAGAAGGCUAGUGACAGUCAUGACUAAUUGGACCUGAUGGUAAAAAUGGAACCAGCAGGUUGACAACCUAGAUUUAGAAGUCAUUUACAAUGUAAAUGUUUAUUUAAGAUAUAGCAAGUACUUGAGAAAAUUUGGCAUUGUCUAAAAGUAUUUAUAGGAUGGCUGAUGUGAGCUAUAUUUAUCACUGACUUGUCCAAAGGUUCAGGAGGUGAGUGCGUUAAACAAGCUACUUAAAAUACAGGCACACUGUAACCUGGCAGAUAUCAAACUGUUUCAUCAAAGUGAAGUAAUCUCUAAUAACCUACAGGUGUAUUGGUUAAUGGAUGUAGAGGUAGGUACUGGCUUUAUCUGAUAAAAUCAUGUGGUGUGGACUCCAAUGCCCUGGGGGCCAAUGACGAGCUGGGAAAUGUCAGGGAAUGUGGGGAACCUUCUCCAUAAAUUAGUUAUAACUAGAGAAAUGUCAUUUAUAGGGAACCCCCUCCACCCCCCACACCCUCACAAUUCUUGAGGUGUAUGACUUGAUAGGUAGAGGUGCAUGUUCACCAUUUCCUGCACCCCACAAAAUAAUCUUCUAGCCAUGGGCUGUCCAUGUGUAUGAUUGUCCCACGGGGGCUACAUUUGCUUGUACUCCAAACGUUUACAAAAUAACGAUUUAAAUCUAAGGGUACCUGGUUAGAAACGAGUGCUUCUGUUAGCCAUAUAUACCGACAAUGCUGACUGUGGUGGGAUACCAGGAUAAGGAAUGACUUCGGUGGUGUCUGAAAAUGUACUUACUUUACUUUUGCCAGGCAGCGUUCAGUGUGUAUGAAGAAACCCUACAUGUGGUGAGAGCUAUGUAUUUGUUUGACUCUUUUUCAUACUAGACAAAAUGAAUCACUUUUGAUGUGUACACACUAAUUAAUACGUCAACAUCCUCUAACUACCAUUAUGAUAUAUGCGAUCGAUCAGGAAGUUCUUCAGAGCAGUGGUGAAUGUUUUGGGACGUGUAUAUUUCUUGUCCUUUCAGAUGGCUGUCACGGAACACAUUGUAUCAAUUAUGCAAGAUAUUGGACUCACGCAUGCUUCUGACAGGCUGCGGCUCAUAUAAUGUCAUUUGUCGGCCGCAUCUGGCCAAAGCUUUACUUUAACAUACGGUUUAAAUCUGCAACUCACUGAUGGGAUUCUCAGUAUGAAAAUUUGAGAAAUAGAUCUCUCCACAAAUAUGUCGUCCACGGGUAUCAAACUGACGCCUCCCAGAUGUUGAUGGAGUAAAUCACCCGCAAUUCUCCUGCAGGCUAUGACUGGCAGAGAGUUAUAGGAGUUGUAGUUAAAAAACCCAUCUGUUUCUCAGCAAAGUUUAACAUCCAUGAUGUAAGUGGUUUAGAAGAAGAAGGUACAGAGUACUAAUUAAAUUGUCUGUAUUUACAGGCCCUAUCUCAACCCACAUGUUUAUAUUGUAGCAUUCUUAUUUAGUGAUGUCGAGUCCACUGAUACUUUGAGAUAGCCGGUGUGCACCUAACAUAUACAUAGAGAACUGAACACACACUGUACAUGGAGUUAACUGAUCUGCGUACUAAACUCCAUGCUUGUCUUCUCUCCCCAGCUGCCAAAGAUGUCAGUCACCCGGCAUCUGCUGCUUCUUCUCUUCACGUUCCUGACGUACACACUAGAUUCCGCUAAAGUACACGGGACGUCUGAAACCCUGUGUGGAGGGGAGCUGGUGGACACGCUACAGUUUGUUUGUGGAGACCGGGGCUUCUACUUCAGUAAGUCAAACUCAAUGAACAUUGGGUGGCCCAUGUCUUUAAUUAGCGUCACUGCAGACUUUGUUACAGUCAUGUACAUGUCAAAUUCCCUUUACCUUUCUUCAAAUAGAUUGUUAAUGACCUGGAUUAUGUUCGAUGAUUUACAUAGUAUGAGGAUUGGAAACUUUGAACUCAAAUUAGUGGCUUCACUAUUAUAACCAGCAAUAGCGUAACCACUUCCCAUAGUAAUCUAUAAUUUGCAUUAUCACCAAAAAUAGAAUAAAACUAGACUUUUAGCAAGCACAACCCCUUGGAGAGAAUAUGGACCUGGAGGACAUAAAUAUCUCGGGGCACCUUGUAUCUACUCCCAAAGUCGGUCCCUGCUCGACAUAAAUCACCUCUAGCCACCAUAUUACGGUUUCAUAAUGAAGGGUUAAUCCAAGUGUAUUCUGGUUUGGAAUGGCUUUAUGUUAGGACUAUGCACUGUCAUUGUCAGGUUAGGACAAGGCGUGGAGGCUGGAUGUCAGAUAUAAAAUAGAUUUCUGUACUGGAAAACAUAAAACCUAUAACUUUAAACUUGAAAAACAUCUCUGGGUGAGAUAGUCAGCAGUGCGAUUGUUACAUACACAAACAGACUCGAAAUAUCAUAGAUUGAAAUGUGUCUGGUCUUCCAACUGUCAUAUAUUGGUUUUUCUGAGCCUUGACAGCUGUUUGUGGGUCUCAGCAGAGAGGAGACGAGUUGAGUUCUCUUGGAACAGCUGAUAAGACUUUGUUCUGUGCAGAGUGUGCUGACUGUGCACAUUCCUGCCCUAUGUGUCCUGCUCGGUAAUGUUAGCAGGGGAGAAAAGAAGACCCAGGCAGGAGGCAGAAUGGGGGACAGCAGCUCAGUGAGCCAGGUCCCACAAAGACCCUCUUUGUUGCUUCCUGCAUUCCUCUGGGAGAGUAGAUAGGGAGAGGGGGGUCAUUGUUUACUUCAAAUUCCCCUUUAACUUACUUUGAUUGAUUUGGUAAAAGGGGGAAGGGAGAAUGUUUGAGGUAAGAGAGGGACAAGAAAAAGAUGCAGAACGGAAAUUGCCAGCAUUUUUACUGCACACAUGUCGUGAGAGAGAAAGAUAGACAUUCACAGGAAGCCUGUAUGAACCAACAGGACAGCCAUGUCCUGCUGGUUAAGAUACUAUUUUGCCACAUGAUUCAUUUAGCUGAUUUAUUGGAACUUGGCCCAUGCUAUCGCUCCAUACAGGUCUCUCAAGGUGUUUGGAACUGCAUGAUACAAAACCAUCAUUUAAACUGGCUGAGAAUUAUGGGUUACCAGGAUUAGCUGUCACUGCUCUGGUAUAUUACCUUCAAGAAGUCUCAGUGUUUCCCCAAACUAUUGUAUUUCACCUGAAGAAUCUAUACUGAGAGGUCGAAAGGUUUCACAAAAACAUGUCUCGAAACAUAUCCUCUGCAUUGUUGAGCAGCAUAUGUUGUUAAUAGCAUUGUUAGUCAUUCUUCAGGAAAGAAAUGUCAUCACUAUGAGUCACUAUGUAUUAUUAUCCGUUGAGGCAAACAUCUACUUCAAUAAAAUAUACCUUCUUAGUAUUUAACAAUGCUUCAAAAAAUCCCAGAACAUGUUCUUGAUUGUCACAUAGGACGAUACUGCAGGAAAAACAAGGCAUCAGGUUCUAGUUAAUGACGUGUCACUCUGUGUUUUGUAUUUGGUACCCAGGAGGGUAUAUUACAUUUAAUUGUUGCUAAAUAAAACUCCAAGCCAUCACUUUUACUGUCACUGGGCAAACAAGUAAAGUGCCCGAGUUGCCUAGUUAGAGGGGAGUGAUGCUGCGCUCCAAAACACAGACAGAAUGAUUGGAAGGUGCUCCGCAGACACUUCAAAAUAAUGCUAUUGUUUUUCUUCUAUAAUUAUAUAUUUUGAGAUUUCGUUGGCAGUUUGUAAUUAAAGACAUACUCGUAUAAAAUAAAUAUAUGGGCGGCUACCAAUGUGAAAUAUGUAAGAAAUGUAAAAACAGAUACUCCAUUUACUUAAGAGCUCUGAAUAAUACGAAGUCACACAAACACUGCCUGGCCACAGCUUAUGCCAGAACAAUCCACUAUUUACAUGUGGUGGGCUGCAGAUUUUUCUAAGAUUCUUGUUGAAACUUUAUUAGAUCUCCAGUGUUCUCAGACAGGCCACAGUGAGAUAAAAUGUUUUCUAAUGUCAGUUUCCAGCUGGGCAAUCUUGGCCCGUAUCACCGAUUGGCAUUCCAGAUGUUUGUGAACUCGAAUUCCAUUGAUUUUCAGCCAGGUGCAUUAUUUUCUAGAGGGAAUAAUUGAUAGCGAGGGGUGUAGGAUGAGAGGAACAAUUUGUUGUGUUGCUGCUGGUCAAUGCAGGUCCAGAGGUCCACACACCACUUUUUCAGGUUUAAGAUAUGGAGAAUGGGUGGCUGCUUUCUUAUUACACAUUCUUAUUCACAAUGCUUUCCUAUGGACGCUGGCAUCUUCUCACUGUGAAAUCACAGUGAGAAGCGCGGAAGCGCCUCUAGAGGCUGUCAAUGAGACAGCCACUAGAGGCUGGAUUAACCCUAAUAUAAACAUAGCAGUUUCUCUGAAACUGUUAUGUUUAUCAAAAAAAGGGUUAAUCCUAGCUGGACCUGGCAUCCAGACCACUUCAUUAAGCUGAAGUGGUCUGGGUGCCUAGAGUGGUCCUUUAAGGGCAGUAGGCUUUGUUUGGGAUACAGACAUUUUGGAUUGGAAGAAGGAGCAGCAAAGGAGGGAAAGCUACGAAAGGGGAAAACAAGGAUAAGCUUCGCUACUUUGUUCUAUUUAAGAAUAUUGUUGUAUUGUAGAAUUGUUCAGGUUGUGACAUCGGCAACACACUAGUACCCUCCAUUUGAAGAAAUGACCACGCCUAGUUCUAGGAACUGACUAGUAGCCAAUGAUUAGUUGCCUUGCUAAACCUGUAUAGCGGUUGGGCAAGUUUUCAAGUCCUACCCAACACGGUCAGGGUUUCACUUGCCAAUGGUAACUGCAAUUGAUUUGAUUUGAGUUAGCGCAGAGAUUUCUGUUACCCAGGAAUCAUUUUUCAGCCAGUAUUUUGCAAUCCAGUGUUUGGACCCGUGGGUUCACAUAAUGAGAUAGAUAUGAAAUACCCAGAUAUAUGUAGCUGAAAAGAGAGCUAGCACGAGAGCCGUAUCUGCGUAUGUGUGAAUGGAUGUGUUCCUGGCUGCUCAAUAAAUAGCUAGACAAUGCGUGCUGUGAGUUUGACGGUGAAGUCAUUUAUAUGUAAGGGGAUAUUCAUUGUGUAAAUUGUUUAUUUUUUUAAGCCUAUUUUUCAAACUCUUCGCAGAACUGAUGUGGAGAGUCAAUAUGUUGUUUAUCACAGGGAAGUUUCCACUUGGAUUUUUAUUCCCACAAUAGAAAAGGUGGUCACCAUUUCAAUGUUUGUUUGACUACUUAAGGUGGGACAAAGCAAGUGAACUCCUGGUAGCAUAACCACUACAGUGGACAGUUGUGGUUGCCAGGGCAAGUGGAUUUUUCCACACUGGUCACAAUUUGAUUUCAAAGGAGUGGUGGUGGCUGCUGAUGUGGCUACCAUGGCUAUAUUUGAGAACCACAUCCAGAAAUCCCUAGGUUCCGUUACGAUGAGAGUAUCAUCAUACAUAUAUUGUUCAGGGUAAUCAAUUCCUUAACAUGUUAUUUUGUAGUUAUAAAGCUAAAAUCAGAUAGAUAAAACAGUGCUAUUCUGUUUACUCAGUUACAAAUUAGGGUCCACAAAAGAGUUAACUUGACUCGCAGAACGAAGUUAAUGGAAAAGAGCUGACUGGGCUCAGUUCGACACCCCCUAUCCAGGACUGAAAUCCAAGCCUGUUGUUUACAUGGCUUGCUGUGCUGGUGUAGGAGAGGGGGGGCAAGCUUUGAAUAGGUGGAUAGUAGGUGUCCUGAGGAACUCUAAUUUUAGUUAAGCCGCCAUACAUUUCCAGCAGAGUUUUUUCUGAAUGUCAUGCAUUUAAAAAAAAUGCAUCAAUUAUUAAAAUACAUGUUUUAUGUUACUUUGAAAAUAAAAAGUGAGUGCAGUGCGUUUUAUCCUGUUUAUUUUACUCAUACCAAUGGAGUGAAUACAAUAUUGAAUUAAAUAAAUGUAUUUGUUGAAGCCUCGUGAACACAGAGCCAUUGUUGUGUGUGUGUGUGUGUGUGUGUACAGUGGAUAUACAUGUGAAUGUAUGGACUGUGUGUAUAGUGUAUACGAAUUUACAUAUGUGUGCAUUGUGAUCCUGUAUUGCAAUUCGCACGGUCCUAUAGGGUAAAACCAUGCACAGUAUUUUGUUUUAUUAGACGUUCAGUCACUUUAUUUGGAAAAUUCCCACAGGAGACAGCAUCAGGAUCAACACCAAAGAAAUAUUAAUGUAACAAAGCCCGGCUCGUCUGAGCGAUUACUAACAUUCAAUUUCCCUCUCUAGCGAGAAUUAAACGGUUGCACCAGACUUGUUUAUUAGCAACUCUCUGCACUCCAGUGCUCGGUCAGCCUGCUGCUUCCAGCCCUCAAAGGAGAACUAAAACGUCUCCCCUACCUGUCUACCAGGGAGGGUUUUAUUUCCCCUUCGGCAGCUGAUUACCUGCAGCGUAGCAGUGGGUUGGAGACAGUCCAAAACCCUGGCGUGGACCUUAUUUCUCUUAGUUGUAUAUAAACCGGCCCGCCCUACUCUCCGAAUGCUCCACCCCAGGCGCCCAAAACUAAACAUUAAGUUGUAUAGCAUACAACGCAUACUCCCCCUGGGGUAAAUGCCAUAUGGGAAUAAAAACAGCAUCACAUACCACACCAUUCACUUUAUCACAGCAUGUAUGGAGUGUGUGUAUAGUAUAUAUGUAUUUACAUAUGUGUGCAUGUAUGCAGUGUGUGAAUAUGUUUGGGUGUAUAGUGUGUGUGUGUGUAUGUGUGUGUGUGUGUAUGCGUGUGUGUGUGUGCAUAUAUAUAUGUAUGCAGUGUGUGUGUGUGUGUAUGUGUGUAUAUAUGUAUGUGUGUGUAUUUAUGUAUGGACUAUGUGGGUCUGUUUGUGUAUGUAUAGUAUAAACACAAAUUAAACCCACUGACCGGUGAAGUGAAUAACAUUAAUUAUAUUGUUACAAUGGCACCUGUCAGAGGGUGGGAUAUAUUAAGCAGUAAGUGAACAGUUAAUUCUUGAAUUUCAUGUGUUGGAAGCAGGAAAAUAGAGUAAGAGAGAAAAGAUCUGAGUGACUUUGACGAGGGCCAAAUAGUGAUGGCUAGAUGACUGGGUUAUAUUAUCUCCAAAAUGGCAAGUCUUGUGGGGUGUUCCCAGUAUGCAGUGCAGGGCUCCUGACAGAGCUCAUGGUCUGGGCCCCGCAGGGGCCUGCCCCCGAGUCCGCCCAGAGGGCCGCCCCCUGAGUCCACACACAGGGGUGCAGUGUUUGUAUGAAUUGUGGUGUGUGUGUAUUGGAUGCGGUGUGUGUGUGUGUGUGUGUGUAGUGAAUGUAGAGUCUGUUUGUAUAGUGGAUGCAGUGUUUGUGUGUAUUAGAUGUGGUGUAUGUGUAUAGUGAAUGUAGAGUGUGUUUGUGUAGUGUAUUGUGUGUGUUUGUAUAGUGAAUACAGAGUGUGUGUUUGUAUAGUGAAUGCAGAUUGUGUGUUUGUGCAGUGGAUGUGUGCAUUAGAUGCAGUGUGUAUAGUGAACGUGAAGUGUGUUUGUGUAGUGGAUUGUGUAUAUAAUGAAUGUAGAGUGUGUAUAGUGAAUGUAGUGUGUGUUUGUGUAGUGAAUGUAGUGUAUAUAAUGAAUGUAGUUUGUGUAUAGUGAAUGUAGUGUGUGUUUGUGUAGUGAAUGUAGUGUAUAUAAUGAAUGUAGUGUUUGUGUAGUGAAUGUAGUGUAUAUAAUGAAUGUAGUGUUUGUGUGGUGAAUGUAAUGUGUGUUUGUGUAGUGAAUGUAGUGUGUAUAUAUAGUGAAUGUUGUGUUUUUAUAGUGAAUGCAGAGCGUGUGUUUGUGUAGUGUGUGUGUGUAUAGUGAAUGCAGUGUGCGUUUGUGCAGGCAUGUAAUGUGUGUGUAAAAUAGGAGGGGGGAGGGGGCGACAUAUUUAUUUUUUAACAUUUCUUUUAAACAUAUUAUUUUUUAAUUUAGUUUCUCCUCCCUGCUUCGUUGUUAGUUUUCUGCAUUUUAUUACUGGCUGGAGUGAUCAAUAUUGUAACCCCAGCAUUCAUCAUAUCUAUAAAAUGUCCUGAGAUAGAAAGAGUGCUAUAUUAGAACUUUUAAAUAUUUGCAGAGGUUAAAUAGGGCAAAACUAAUAUCACUAAUAUACACAAACCUAGUCUGCAUUUUUAAAAAUACAAAUUGGCAAACUGGCAUAAGAUGACCGCUAUGUCUUUAUUUAAUGUUCAUGAAAAGCACUGCACUGUAAUAAACCUCACAAUGCUUCUUAUCUGGCCAGGGAGGGGUGAGAUCAGAUUCCCUGGUGGUACGUCCAGUGGGUUGCUCGAAGCCAGCCGCUGGACUCUGCAGAGGGGGCCCAGAACACUCUGACUCCACUUCCCAGCAGCUCCUCUGUGUCUAAUUCUCGCGGCGUGCGUGCUUGCCGUGCGGAGCGUUGCAGUGGUAACCCGUGGCAAUGCUCUAACACUACAGGGCUACAGGGCUCAUGAGCGUUAGGGACAGGGGAGCUGCUGGAAAGUGGAGUCAGAGUGUGCUGGGCUCCCUCUGCAACAAAGAAGUAGCCGGGGGCCUGCAUAUAUCAUAUAUAUAUAUCUCUAUAUCUAUAUAUAUCUAUCUAUCUCUCUCUCUCUCUCUCUCUAUAUAUAUAUAUAUAUAUAUAUAUUUCUAUAUAUAUCUAUCGGUAUUCGCAAUGUGGGGCCCCCUAGGACUGCCAGGCCCAUGACAACCGUCAUGGUUGUCAUGCCCUAAAGGCGGUCCUAAUGCAGUGGUUAGUACCUACCACAAAUGGUGCAAGAAAAGACAAACAGUGAACCAGCAUCAGGGUCAUGGGCGACCCAAAGCUUAUUGAUACUUGUAGGGAGCAAAGGCUAAUCCAUCUGGUCUGAUCACACAGAAGUGCAAUUGUAGCCCUUGAUAGAAAGGUGUUGGCCUUCAAAUUCCCAGAUCUCAAUCAAAUUGAGCAUUAGGGGAGGGCUGGAACAACGAAUCCGAUCCAUGGAUGCCCCACCUCAGAACUUGCUGGACUUACAGGAUCUGCUGCUAAUGUCUUGGCACCAGAUACCACAGGACAUGUUUGGAGGUCUUGUGAAGUCCAUGCCUCAAUGCAUCAGAACUGUUAUGGCAGAACGACGGGGCGCUAUGCGAUAUUAGGCAGGUGGUUUUACUGUUGUGGCUGAUCACUCUAUGUACAUGUGUAAGUUUGCGUGUCUACCUGCAUGGUGUUGGUGAAUGUGUUUGUAUAUUUUAUAUACAUGUUUAUGUAUAUAUGCCUGAAUGUACGGGGUGCUGGUUUUGUGUGUCUGUGUGUGUGUAUGUAUGCUACACAUUUUUGUUUAGAUAAAAAAAUAAACACAAAUAUGUCUGUGCACAUGUGUGUGUGUGCAUAUACAGGUAAAAAUACAUUUCUAUUUAGAUAAAAAAAUAAAAUAUACAUAUACAUACUGCAAGCCAGUGUAGAGUCUCUUCUCGCUGACUAUCGAGUGGUUACUGUUGCACUUUUCUUUUAAGUUAAGGAAUGAAGAAUGUGGUUCGUGUUAAAGUGCUGGAGAUCUGUGGUAUGACACAUUUUUUAGAAUUGUCUUAGUACAACCCUGCUAUUUCUGCAGAGUGAAAACUAAUAAUCUCAGCCAGUUUAGAAAGUCAAAGGAUGUGCUGCUAAAAGCCAGUUAAUGCAGAUUUAACACAGCUGCCAUGACUCACAGUGAGGAAUCAUGUCUAAUCCAAUGAUACAAACAACAGACUACGAAUCCCCAUUCUCAGGCGUUAUAAUUUAAUUUAUUUGUAUGUAAAAGGACUGUUUUUCUAACCUCUCACAGUGAUGGCUAGCUUUGGGACACAGAGUAUCAUUCACGGGGAGUGACCUAUGGAAACGUGUUUCUUCAGCAUUACAUUUCAUUACGUUUCAGUUUUAUAGUAUGAAUUUAAAGUUAUUUAAUAGUGAUAAUAAUAAUUGGUGUUGUCCUUUGUUAAUUAUUAUAUUUGUAUAUGUAAGUGCCGUUUGUGUGUGAAAAAUGCAACAAAUUGCUCUUUCACUGAAGAUAUCAUCGCUGUAAUUUGUUUUACUGUUUUGAAACACUAAUAUUUGUGUCCAGCGAAGUCUCCCGAGUCAAACAGUAACCCCCAUGUACAGGUUUUAGGGUGUCCUGGAAAGUUACAGGCUUAAAUAUAGCAAAUUAAAUUCUCUGGUCUUUCUUCAAAUUAUAAUUAAUAAAAUGACUUAAUUAUGUAAAAAUACUAAAUAAAUAUAUUUGUAGAAUUUAAAUGUGUGUGUGUGUGUAUAGAUAGAUAUGUGUAAUGAUAACAUCAUUCUAAAUGUAUUUUGAUGUAAAUGUAUAUUAAUAUCAAAAUACAGUUAGAACAAAUUUAAACCGUAUGUAAUUCUUUUUAAAUUUAAUUUAAUUUUUGUAAUAAUUUUUUCCCUUUUUUUCCAAUUUAUUUAUUAUAUAUUUUUAUUUUAUUUAUAUAUAUGUAUAUAUAUAUAUAUAAUUAACGCCAUUCUAAGUGUAUUUUAAUAUUAAAAUACACUUAGAAUAAUGGAUUGUGUAUGUGUAUAUAAAAGUACUUAGAAUAUAUAUAUAAUCUAAGUACUUUUAUUGACUUUAUUAAACUUUUUAGUAACUUUUAUAUACUUUCUAAACUUUUGUACAGGCAUAAGGGGGACAGCCUGAAAGCUCAGACACUCCCCCUGCAGGCACUGCACAAGCCGGCUAUUCUGGCCAUGUGAUCGCGAGGACCCCAUGAUCACAUGGCCCGGGGCAAGUCCCCACAUCAGAGAUCAGGAAAGUGCAGAUUUGGGAUCGGACCUUAAUCUGUAUACCGUACAUUAAGCUGUAUAUUAUACAUUAUGCUUUAUAUUGUACAUUAAGCUGUAUACUAUACAUUAAGCUGUAUACCGUAUAUUAAGCUGUAUACCGUUCAUUAAGCUGUAUACUGUAUAUUAAGCUGUAUACUAUACAUUAAGCUGUAUACUGUACAUUAAGCUGUAUACUAUACAAUAAGCUGUAUACCGUACAUUAAGCUGUAUACCGUACAAUAAGCUGUAUACUGUACAUUAAGCGGUAUACUAUACACUAAGCUGUAUAUACCAUACAUUAAGCUGUAUACCGUACAUUAAGCUGUAUACCGUACAAUAAGCUGUAUACUGUACAUUAAGUGGUAUACUAUACACUAAGCUGUAUAUACCAUACAUUAAGCUGUAUACCGUACAUUAAGCUGUAUACUAUACAUUAAGCUGUAUACCGUACAAUAAGCUGUAUAUACCAUACAUUAAGCUGUAUACCGUACAUUAAGCUGUAUACUAUACAUUAAGCUGUAUACUGUACAUUAAGCGGUAUACUAUACACUAAGCUGUAUAUACCAUACAUUAAGCUGUAUACCGUACAAUAAGCUGUAUAUACCAUACAUUAAGCUGUAUACCGUAUAUUAAGCUGUAUACUAUACAUUAAGCUGUAUACUGUACAUUAAGCUGUAUAAUGUACAAUAAGCUGUAUACCGUACAAUAAGCUGUAUAUACCAUACAUUAAGCUGUAUACCGUACAUUAAGCUGUAUACUAUACAUUAAGCUGUAUAUUGUACAUUAGGCUGUAUACUGUACAAUAAGCUGUAAACUGUACAUUAAGCGGUAUACUAUACACUAAGCUGUAUAUACCAUACAUUAUGCUGUAUACCGUAUAUUAAGCUGUAUAAUGUACAAUAAGCUGUAUAAUGUACAAUAAGCUGUAUACCGUACAAUAAGCUGUAUAUACCAUACAUUAAGCUGUAUACCGUACAAUAAGCUGUAUACUGUACAUUGAGCUGUAUACUAUACACUAAGCUGUACAUACCAUACAUUAUGCAGUAUACCGUAUAUUAAGCUGUAUAAUGUACAAUAAGCUGUAUACCGUACAAUAAGCUGUAUACUGUACAUUGAGCUGUAUACGGUACACUAAGCUGUAUAUACCAUACAUUAUGCUGUAUAUUGUAUAUUAAGCUGUAUAAUGUACAAUAAGCUGUAUAAUGUACAAUAAGCUGUCGUUGUUCUAGUGACUAUAGUGUCCCUUGAGGAUUGUGAAUAUUGUGAUGUCUUUAUUUUCUAUUUUCAAUUUUCUUUCUUUUUUUAACCCAUAUAUUGUUUUCAUUGUAUUAUUUGUAUGUUUGGCUUUGUUUGAUAUAUUGACCCUCCAUUUUGCUCAUUUUAGAGGACAAUGUUUCAGGGUAGUAUUGUGUAAUAUUUUGAUGGCAAUUGCUCUUUAAAACUUCUAUUGUUUAACUUUAUAUUUUUUUAUCCAACUUCUUUAGUUAAACAUAUAAACGUAAAAACCAGUGAUUGAGGAAGCUGAUUAGCAGAUAUAUGUAUAUAUCAUUUUUUAUUUUCAUGCAAAGGUUAAAAAGACAUUCUCUUUCUCCUAGGCAGGAAUAAUGGGCGCGUCAAUCGCCGGCCAAGACAGGGCAUUGUGGAGGAGUGUUGCUUUCGGAGCUGUGACUUAGACCUGUUAGAGACAUACUGUGCAAAACCUGCCAAGAAUGAACGGGACUUAUCCACAGCACCCGUCACAGCCAUGCCACCACUGAACAAGGUGAGUUAGAGAGCUUAUCUUAUAUCUGAAGGUUUGAUCACUUUGCCAAUCUGCUGACUUGGCGCAUGGUCCAAUAGACACUAUGCAAAAGAUAAGAACAGAGAGUUAAUCUGAAAGUUUAUUCAAUUUGCACUGUUUGCAGAUCCCACCAACAGUCAAGGAAAAAAAGAUGAAUCCUUUACUUUGCUGAUCUGGUUAUUUUUAUUAUUAUUAUUAUUACUACACAUUUGUCCAGAUCUGCUUUUUCAAAGUAUAGACAGAUUCUUUUUAGCAUGUUACUUGGCGUUUUUAUCUGGUCUUUGCUUAUCACUUUCUGCACCCCUGGUUUCUGUUGGAGUACAAUAAGAGUGAUUGGCCAUGACCUGGAUGCCCACGCUAUAUUGCCUUCAGAAUUUUUAUGUUUUCAGAGAGAAAUCAAUAAUAAGAAAAUGUCAAGUCCCUCAGUGCCCGUGGAAAUGAAUCCCAUUUGGGUGUAUUCACUUAAACAUGGGAAUCUGGAGAAUUAACUAGAAACUUGUAACCAAACUAUAAACACUGCUCACUUCACCUACUAUUUCUGAGUGGUUAUUUGGGUCUAACGCUUGCAAUACCCUUGUAAGUUCUCCAAGACUGAGAUUGCCAAUGGACAGCAGUUCUGUAGGUGUAGACCUCCAACUUCCCCAGGAGAGUAAUGUACAUCUAAUUCUGCAUCGAAAUCUGGAGUGUUUAAGAAGAGUCCCUAUAUAUAUAUUGGUGAAGGGUCCCAGAAAACAUAGUCAUAUUGUUCAGUAAAACAGUCAAGACCAAGUGGCCCAGUAACAUUAAUUUGUCAUAAAUACAAUGUGUUUUACAGCCCACAAAGAUUUUUAAAAAGAAUGCAAUAUCUUUGAGUUUAUAUUUCAAUACUCAUCUCUAAGUAUAUUGUAAAAAAAUCUAAAUUCUAGAAUACAAUGAGAAUGUUCUUUGGUGCUCGAUCAUUAAUGGUUCCUGAAAAAGGAGAGAUAUGAUAUCACAAACAAAGUUGUGCUAUUAAACUCUUUAUCAUCCUCCUUAUCUUAUUAAAAUCAAGAAGAGACCACAUUUUCAAAAUUCAAACACAGUGUUUUCCCUCUUACAGGAGCUGUACCACAAGCAUUCCCACACAAAGUAUUCCAAAUAUGACAUUUGGCAGAAGAAGUCCGCCCAACGCCUCCGGAGAGGAGUCCCUGCCAUUGUGCGUGCGCGCCAGUACCGGUGGCGUGUGCAAGAGAUUGAAGAAUCUGAGCAAGCCAUGUCACACCGUCCCCUUACCACCUUACCAAGGAAGCGACCUCUCCAUCUGCAACAUGCCUCAGAGACCUCUCUCAAUUGAGCCGGGGACACUUUCUAAGUAGGAUUCCACUGCUUUCAAGUUCUAUUUUCAUAUUCUUUUCGUCAUCUCUGAAUGGGGGGGGGGGGCUAAGGUCAUGCCUUCCCCCUGUGUAUAUUCCAGUUGGGGCAAAAUAGGUGCCCUCGUAGCUUCACAUGACAUCUCAACGAAGAACAAAUGGAACAAAUUGAAAGAUGCCAAAGCAGGACCCCUGAUUGUUUUUGGCUGGAAAGAUUUAAUGGAUAUUUUGUGUCCCAAUAUUUUGUGUAUUCCAAACAUCAAAACAUAUGUCUGUAUUUGUGCACUACAUGUGUGUAAUAUAUAUAUAUGUAUAUUCCUGUGUGUGCACAUAUAUAUGUAUAUUACAUAUAUAAGUGUAUGUAUAUUUGCACAAAAACAGGUCGUUUCUGCUAAUAUUCAGCUUACAUGUGCCUUCUCGAACAAACAAAAGUAUUAAAAGUGAAUGUUCAUCCAACCUUGAGAAAUGGGUGGAAAGCAGAGAAAUCUGUGUCAAAGGGAAACGGAUCUCCCUUUUCGCACAUAUGGGCUCAUAUUUUUACACAAUGUAAUAUUUUCUUUAUUUUCACAUAGCAUUUUUUGUCAGUGUCCACAUUUUUGCACCUUUUUCUAAUGCUCAAAAAAAUGUUUUAAAGAGCAUGGGAGGUAUUUUUUAUUUGUUUGUUUUGUUCGAUUGUUUUUCUUGACUCUAUGUCAGCUGGUCCUGCAACAUAAUGCUUUGCACCAGGCUGCAGCCCUCUUGGGUAACAUAGGGGUUAAGCACAAGAAUUCCAAAUGUAUUUGCACCUUUCUAAUUGAUAAGAACUAAGACAUGGGGAAGUAGGCAGAACUUUGUUUUUUUUUAUAAUUUGUGAGUGAGCGCUGUCUGCUUUGCACAUGUGCCACGGAUUACAAUGAUUAUACAUAUGUAUAAUAUCUAUGUGUAUUAUAACUUUUUUGGGAGGGGGGGGAAGGUAAAACUCAAGCACUAUUUUUUAUGGGAAUUUUUUUUUUUGUAUAGCAACAAAAGAAAGGGAUGUGAUAUUUUAAAUAUGAUAUGCUAUGUCGCUAUGGUCAUUCAGAGGGCAAAAACCGUGGUAAUAUUUUGAAAUAUUGCCUGCAGUAUAUACAGCCAGGUUAUAUGGGGACCUUCAAUAAUCUGGGUACUAACAGCUAUAUUGACCAGAGAAUUGCAAAUUUUAGGUCAAGAUUUCAAAAAUCCUUCUACUUUCCCUGGCUAUUUUGGCAUAAAAUGGGCAAUUCUUUGGUGAAUUCAAAGUGUAUACCCAAUAUGGUUGAAAAUUGAGCAGCAUUGGGAGACCCCCAUGGAACUUAUCCAGACCAUAGCAUGAACAUUAAUAAUUAAUUAUACAUAGAACUUGGAAAAAAAAAGUAUAUACUUUUCGUUUUAGGAAAAGUAUCUAUUUUUCUCCUUCCUCUGAGUAGUGUAGAAGGUGUCAUUCGAUACGAAAGCCACUCGCCUGUUCCUGCAAAAGUCUUUCUGUGUAGACACCCUUAGGCUGUAUCUAGGGAAAAGGGGGAGAACAUAUUUACAUUAUAUUAAACACACAGUUUCCACUUAGCAUGUAUUUUUCUACAGGUUGAACGUAUCAGAUAACAUAUUAGACUGGUUCUGUAUUCCAUUCGUAGAAAAAUGAUGUUUAUUUUAUAAUUCCGGGUAAACAGCGAAACGUAAAAUAAAAUCACCAUAUUUUACUAUUACCUUUCAGUAAUAGGAGAUUAGGUUUAUUGUCAUGUUACUGCAUCGUUAGUGGCAGUGAAGGGUCAGGUUGCCAGUCAUGUCUUUUUAAAUAUUAAAUAUCUAAAAUGAAAAAUACAAAUAACAGCGAAAUAUAAGAACUCAUUCGAUACUUUACUUUUAUCAAUGAGAUUUGGGGCACACUUUUAAAUGAACUCCUAGAAACAUAGAAUGUGACGACAGAUAAGAACCAUUCGGCCCAUCUAAUCUGCCCAACUCUUAUCCCAAUUUAAAAGAAAUUACCGAUUUGCAAGGAAAUGUUUCACCUUAACUGAUAACAAAACAAAGUGUGGUUCUUUAAGUGCAGUUAUAUUUUAAAUGGAUGUUUCCAAAGCCAAAGAGUCAGCCUCUCUCCCUCAAAAGACAUAAUGUAACAUGUACAUCAUGGUAGGUACAAUGGGUGUCCAACAAUAUUACCCGUUAUUCUCUGCCAAACACAGUCCGACAACAGGUAAAGUCGUGUAGUAUACACCAAGUGUAUACUGUACUUUGCACAGUACUUAGCCAGAGCUUUUGGAGAGCCACUGAUUUUUAUGGAGAAAAAAACCUUUAAAAAUAUAAUCUGUUAAGGAAAAUACACUUUGUACUUUUAAACCCCAGUACACCAAUGAUUGUGUCUUUACAAUACAAGAUACCAUUAGGGAAAACCUUGUCAAUUCAUUCUGUCAAUGAAUGUCUAUGUAAGGUUUAGCCUCCAAACAUUGAAUUGUGAUGAUUUGGGUUCUGUAUUCUAAAUUGUCCAGUAUAUUCUAAUUUUCACUGUUUUAUGUGCCUAAUUUGUGAAUUAUAUCUUAAUUCACAACAAUUCGCUGUUAAGUGAAUUAAUUGAAUCUUUUUUUCACAAAUCACAACAUUUAUUUUGCAGAAAACAUUUGACCAAAAACUUAGCAAAAAUCACACAUUUUUAAGAUUAAUAGUCGUGCAAUAAUUGACUUCUUUUAUGUUAAUUUGUGACUGAUACAAUUCAUUUUGUUAACAGAAUUAGAUAUCAUGGCUAAUAUUGUGUCGUUUGUAUAAGCCAAAUAACCCCAUUGAUUUCACAAGCGAAGUUUCAACGUAAGCACACAUUAUUGUAGAACACCAGAAAGUCUGUAUCUAUCUGUGAUCAUUCUACUAAGUUACCCAUCAUUUAUUACCAGAGUGACACCUAGCAAUGGAUGUAGCUAUGAUGAUGCCAUGGUGCAUUAAAAGCUUUCCAUUGGUUUCAUUUAUAUAGUAUAAAAAUGGCAGCAACAGGCACAAACUAAUGUUCAUGACUGAUGAUGAUUAUAUAACCAUUAGGUAAAUUGAUUACUGAAUUUGCUAUGAAAAGGUUUAAACCUUCGAUACCAGUCGCUGCCCUUUGCAGAGCCGGUAUAAAUAGUAGUUUGUUUAGUCGAUGGAAUAUCGUGCUCUCCGCAGUUAAACAGAGAGGAUUUUCACAUAUACACAAACCAUAUAAGUUGUCAGAGGAAUUGCAAUACAGGGCUAAAACAAGUUGCACUGUCAUUAUGUAGGCAGGAUGGUAUAUAUUUCUGAGAAGUUACAUCGUUCUCAGAACCAUUCACACAUUCUCAUUUCCCACAUUAAGUGCUACUGCUUUACAUAGCAUUUUACAAUAACAUUUAAAAAACUUUGGUCAAAUCACUCGCAAAGAAUUUGUCACAAACCUAGGUCUCUUUGUAACAUAAUCAUUGCAAUGAGCUGCAGUGGUUAUGGUACUUAGACUGUCCUUUUAAGCUGGGACUUAGAUCAAUUACCUGAAACCAGUUCUCUGUGUCUACCGAGAGUAUAGCUUGUAUCUGUUCCCAAAUGCCACCAAAAUUGAAAAAUCAAUAAAUCCAGAAAUAAUGACACUGUCCCUGAGCAAAGGUUUGGGAAGUACUGACUUGGUCUAAAUCAUCAUCCCAAUAUAAUAUGCUGUGGUGAUAUUUUCCAGCUUAUAAACUGGACAAAGUUGACCAAAAUAUUGUCUACCAUGGGCAAGUAUGAACUGUGUUAUCCAUCUCAACUGAAGAUUAGUUUUCUUUUUGGCCAUAACCCAUGUUUCCUUUGUUUUAAUCUCAUUGUCUCUCCACUACAUGCUGCCAUUCACAGAAUCAUUUAUGCGAUGCUUGUUGGUCCUUCUCUGGUAGAGAUUUCUGCAACGUAAUGUCAGCCACACAAGUAUGAAUGCAGCUAUGUAGGUAGCACAAUGAGAUUGCUUACCUGCGUUAUCUACACCAUGUAAAGAACAAAAAUGAAAAGACUACUUGAAUUAUACAAUAUUUUACAUCAAGAAUGAGUAAUGUGAGCUUGGGUGGGCGGGCUCCAGGGGUGGAGGAAGUAAUUAGGUAUUUUUACUGUGUAAUCCAUUUUUAUAUGAUAUUAAUAUUAUUAUCUUGCAAUGUUGAGCCAUGAUGCAUUUUUUUUUAAAAAAAAGUAAAAAAAAAAUAAAUAAAAAAAAUACGACACUGCAAAUACGAUAGAAAGAAAAAAAACAGCCUUAUUUAUUGAUGUUACAAAAUGAGGAGUAAAAAAAACAAAAUCAAAACUUCGAAAGGGGGAGCAACUUUUUGAUGUCUUAUUUUGUUCCUUCUAGUUUGUACCUUUUGAGAACUUUAUAAAUGCUUUGUACCAAAAAAAAAAAAAAGAAAUUGAGAAAAAAAAAUUCUGAAAGAAAAAAUAAAUAAAACCUAUUCAACUUUAAUAAACAGCAACAAUAAAUAGUAACAUCCUAUUCGGGUUGUUUUCUGUGUAAACAUAUAUCAGAUGGUUAUUAUACUUUUUUUUCGAAGAGCGGUUAGUAGUCAUCGUAACCGGUCUGAGCCAUUUCCAUCUUAGAAAUUCAGCAAUUUCUUCAUUUCAGUAUUUCAGUGUUGAAACUACAAUGCAUAUUGUCUGACGCCUUAAAACCUGACAAUACCUGUUUAUUGUUGGGUUGGCUGUUCUGUAAAAUGUAGGAAUCUGUUACAAGAAGGUUCUUGUUUGUUGCCUUAUCAGAAUGGCUUCUCAGACUCUGAUGCUUUCUUCGACCUGUGUCUACACAAACCAAUGCAGCUUCCGGUAUCAUUUAUCUGCAUUCUCACAUAUUGUACAAUAGCGUGUCCAUCUCACGAAGGACUUCAACAUGAUUAAUAAAAUAGAGAAUAAACAUCACAUAUAUUCAUUUUUUAUUGAAACUUUCAGGCUUUUCUUUUCUCGGAUUUUAAUAAAUAAACAUUACAUCACAAUAUUGUAUCAUACACUUUCUGCCUUACUUACUGGAAAAAACUAAACUAAAAAAAAACAAAGCAAUUAUUGAUGCAAUUGACUUUUAAGGGUCUAUGUUUCAUAGAGCCAAAGUGCGGUGCCAUUGAUUCAGCCAUUUGGAGGCCACUAUAGAACUGGAACAGCCAUAGUUACAUGGAUGGAUUUAGUGGUCUCUGCACUAUAUGAAGGAAUUGUUUUCUACGCACUGCCACUGGACUGUUGGCUUUUCUUAUGCACAACUGAUGGAUUCUUUCAUGGCAAGUAUAGGGCGUGUGCCAACUUGCCUAAACUGUGCACUCAGCAUAAUAUGCAACUCAACAACGCCCAGAUUCUGCACCUAUUGUACCUUUUUGUUUUUUUGUAAUAUCAUAUCAAUAAAGCAAAUCUAUUGAACCACAAGGAAAGUAUGUCUUCUGCAUUUAUUGAUUGUUCUAUGUUACGUGUCCAGAAUAUUUCUAGCACUUUUUGUUGGUCAGUUUUUAGGGCCGGG